UGAUGGCCUUCAAUACCUUAUUUCCCCCACAACCAUUCAUCUGUUAGGACUACACCUAGUUGAACUGGCGAGUUUCACUUAAUUCUAAUCUAUCCAGUAUUCGUAUGCCAGAUCUACCCACCUCAACCCCUUCCCGUAAUAUCUUUCGGAAUCCCAACACAUCCAUUCGACAUGGGUUCACGCCUCCUAAACGCGCCCAUCGUGCUCGAUAAUGGCAGCGGGACGAUCCGAGCUGGGUUCGCAGGACAAGACCUACCGAAAUGCUACUUCCCCUCCUUCGUCGGGCGACCGAAGCACGUACGAGCGUUGGCCGGCGCGCUGGAAGGGGAUGUGUUCAUAGGACCGAAGGCGCAGGAGCUGAGGGGGCUGUUGAAAAUCAAUUACCCGUUGGAGCACGGCAUCGUCACGGAUUGGGAUGAUAUGGAGAAGAUCUGGCAUUAUGUAUAUGCUGAGGAGUUGAAGGCGAUGAGUGAAGAUCAUCCAGUCUUACUGACCGAACCUCCCUUAAACCCCCGCACGAACCGCGACAUCGCUGCCCAAAUCCUCUUCGAAACCUUCAACGUCCCCGCUCUUUACACCUCCAUCCAAGCCGUCCUCUCCCUCUACGCCUCCGGACGGACCACUGGAAUCGUCCUCGACUCCGGCGACGGCGUGUCGCAUGCCGUUCCCGUCUACGAAGGGUUCGCGAUCCCCAACUCGAUCCGGCGAAUCGACGUGGCCGGCCGCGACGUCACGGAGUAUAUGCAGACGCUGCUGCGGAAAGCGGGCUAUGUGUUUCAUACGAGUGCGGAGAAGGAGGAGGUGAGGAGGAUAAAGGAGACGAGGAGUUAUGUGGCAAUUGAUCCGGUGAGGGAGGAGAAGGAGUGGGCGCAGCUGCAGGGGAAGGGAGAGCGGGGGGUGGAGUAUGUGUUACCGGAUGGGAUGAAGAUCAAGGUUGGCGCAGAGCGUUUCCGCGCACCAGAAAUUCUCUUUAAUCCUGAUAUAAUCGGCCUGGAAUAUCCCGGCGUGCAUCAGAUCAUCGUCGACUCCAUCAAGCGGACCGACAUGGAUCUCCGGAGAGCGUUGUUCGAGAGCAUCGUCCUCUCUGGCGGAUCCACGCUCACCAAAGGAUUCGGCGACCGCUUGCUGCGCGAGGUGAAGAAAGUGGCGCUCAACGACACGAAGAUAAAGAUCUUCGCGCCGCCGGAGCGGAAGUACACGACGUGGACGGGGGGAAGUAUUUUGGCGGGACUGAGCACGUUCAAGAAGAUGUGGGUGGAGAAAGACGAGUGGCAGGAGAAUCCCGAUAUCAUUCAUACCAAGUUCUCGUGA